GCGGCAGGGGGAGGAGGCGGGGGUGUCCACCCGACUGGGGGUCCGGAGCCGGGGGAGCGCGCGGAGCCAUGGAGCCCAAGCACCGGGAGCUGCUGGCCCAGUGUCAGCAGAGCCUGGCCCAGGCCAUGACGGAGGUGGACGCGGUGCUGGGGCUGCUGGAGGCCGCGGGCGCCCUGACCCCCCGAGACCGGCGGCAGCUGCAGGAGGAGGAGGAGGAGGCGGCGGCGGCGGCCGGCGGGGGCGGCGGGGGCAGCGGGGCCGGGGCCAGGGCCAAGGCCGACCUGCUGCUGAAGCUGUUGCUCGCCAAGGAGCGAGACCAUUUCCAGGACCUGCGGGUGGCCCUGGAGAAGACGCAGCCUCACCUGCUGUCCAUCCUCUACCUGAACGGCGUGGCCGGGGGGCCGCGGCCCGCCGAGACCGCCGGCUCCACUUACAGUGUUUUGUCCAUCAUGCCCUCGGACUCAGAAAGCAGCAGCUCUCUCAGUAGCGUGGGCACAACUGGCAAAGCAUCAUCCCCACCACCGGUGAUCGUAGACACCAGGCAGAUGAGUGAGAAACUGGAGACUAUUUUGUUUCAGCUGCGGCAAGUGACCCGCGAGAGGGACGAACUGCGGAAGCGCCUGGCCCUGUCAUCUCCUGGCUCGACUUUUGACGACUGCAGGCCCAGCCCCAAACCAAGUCACGACUACGAAAGGCUGAAGAUCCAGUGUGUGAAGGCCAUGUCGGACCUUCAGUCUCUCCAGAAUCAACACACCAAGACCCUGAAGAGAUGUGAGGAAGCAGUCAAAGAAGCAGACUUCUAUCACACGCUGCAUAGCCGUCUCUUGAGCGAUCAGUCCCAGCUGAAGGAGGACGCGGAUGCCCUGAAGCGAGAGAAUGCCCAGCUGAUCCGAGAGCACAAUCACCUGCAGCAGUCCUGUGAGGAGAUGAAAAGGCUCCACGAGGAAGAUCAGAAGGAGAUUGCUGACCUCCGGGUCCAGCAGCAACAGGUGAUGAAGCAGAAUGGCUCAUCGGAGAUCCUCAAUAAACUCUACGAUACAGCCAUGGACAAGCUGGAGGGGGUGAAGAAGGAAUACGAUGCUUUAAGGAAGCGGUACAAUGAGAAAACUGCCCACCACAACACCGACCUGAGUCGGCUGGAGCAGGCGGAGGAGGAGAACCGUCGCCUUCAGAAACAGAUCGAUAUGCUGAUGAAGCAGAGGGACUCGGCCAUCCAUUUCCAACAGCAGUACUCUUCAUCUCUGAGGAGGUUUGAGUCUGUCCAGCAAGAACUGAACAAGGUGACCUCUCAGAACAAAGAGCUGCAGAGGGAGAUGGAGCGUCUCCAGUCAGAGGUGACCCGGUUUAAGACCAUGCAGCUGAAGGCCGUCAAGGAUGCGGAGAAGUACAAGGAGGAGAGGGACUCUGUAUUCAACGAAUACCGGCUCAUCAUGAGUGAGAGAGACCAGGUCAUCAAGGAGGUAGACAAACUCCAGACUGAAUUGGAACUGGCAGAGUCAAAGCUGAAAAACACUUCCUCUGAGAAAAGAGUGGCCAGUGAAGAGAUGGAGGCUUUGAGACAGAUACAAGAUUCAGCGACGCUGGACAUAGAGCGAGCCAACAAGGAAAUUGAAAUGCUCCGCAAGCAGUACGAGGCCAUGUCCCAAGAACUCAAGGAAGCCGUUCAAGAGGCCGAAGUGGCCAAAUGUAGGCGGGAUUGGGCCUUCCAGGAACGGGACAAGAUAGUGGCAGAAAGGGAGAGCAUACGGACCUUGUGUGACAACCUAAGGCGGGAGAGGGACCGGGCCGUCAGUGAUUUGGCCGAAGCCCUGCGCAAUCUGGAUGACAUGAGGAAGCAGAAGAAUGAUGCUGGCCGGGAACUGAAGGAACUCAAGGAAAAGAUGGAAAACCAGUUGGAAAAGGAAGCCAGGUUCCGACAGCUAAUGGCGCACAGUUCCCACGACUCGGCCAUUGACACUGAUUCUCUGGAAUGGGAAACGGAAGUGGUAGAAUUUGAAAAGGACAGAGAGGAUAUGGAUUUGAAGGCACUUGGAUUUGAUGUGGCAGAAGGCGUGAACGAGCCCUAUCUCCCUGGUGACUGUGGUAUUUUUGUCACCAAAGUAGAUAAAGGAAGCAUUGCAGAUGGCCGCUUAAGAGUGAACGACUGGUUGCUGAAAAUAAAUGACGUGGAUCUGACGAACAAAGACAAGAAGCAGGUGAUCAAGGCUGUGCUCAAUGGAGGGGGCGUUAUCAACAUGGUUGUCCGAAGAAGAAAGUCCUUGGGAGGGAAGGUGAUGAUAACCCCACUCCAUAUUAACCUGGCUGGACACAAAGACAGUGGAAUUAGUCUGGAGAAUGGUGUAUUUGUUGCUGCUGUGGUGCCUGGAAGCCCAGCUGCUAAAGAAGGGUCCCUUUCUGUGGGAGACAGAAUUAUUGCCAUAAAUGGCAUUGCACUCGAUAAUAAAUCUCUGACCGAAUGUGAGGCUCUUCUCCGGAACUGCAGGGAUUCCUUAACUCUCUCACUGAUGAAGGUGUUCCCUCAGAGCUCCUCGUGGAGUGGCCAAAACAUAUUUGAGAACCUCAAGGACUCGGAUAAGGUGUCCAACUGUAAGGUCCACGGGUCGGAGGUCCAGGCUCAAAACAAGCGGAACUUGAAGCAGCACAAUAGCUCCACUCAGACCGACAUCUUCAACCCCGACCUGCUGCUGGAGGGCAGGAAGGACCCCGGAGACGAGGGCAGCGGCGGCUCCUUCUGUGGACUUAAGCCCUUCCCCGGGGGCUCCCUGAGCGGAGCGGACCCUCACCGGGGUUGCCACAGCACCUCGGAGCACAGCCUCAGCUCCUUCAGCCCUGACCCCUACGGGGAGCGGGGCUACGGCCUGGUGAACCUGGACAGUCGUGAACUGCCACCUUUCGAACCCGCGGUGGCCGGCUGCGUCCUGGCGGAAACCCCACUAGGCAAAGGGGGUCCGGGAGCUAAGCACAGUGGGGGGACCUGGCCCAAGGUCGUGGUCAACAUCUCCACAGCAGACACGGAAAAGUUUUCAGUCUACAAGAAACCAAAGCAGAGGAAGUCCAUCUUUGACCCCGACACCUUCAAGAGGCCCCAGACACCUCCCAAAGUGGAUUUCCUUUCUCCGGGCCCAGGCCCUGCUCACUCCCCACAGGCCUCAAAGGCCGAAGGGCCUCCUACUCCCCCCACGCCCCCCAAAAGGAGCGACUCCAUCAAGUUUAAGCACAGGCAGAAGGCCAGCUCUGCCUCCGAGUCCACCGCGACCACGGGCUCCCCCCCCGCCAGCCCUUCGGCUACCCAGCCCCCUCCGGCUGCCCCGCCGGCUCACAGAAGUCGAGGACAGACUGCCGGCCACUUUUACCGGGAGGAGGGAGGGGACUGUGCUCGCCUGGCUGCCAGAGAGGCCUGCGAAGAGGACAUUGGCUUCCAGAGAGGGGAGGAGCCAGAGGUGAAACGGCCCCGACCCAAGUCCGCUCCAGCUCUGAGGCACAAACUCACCCCGGUGGUCAUUCCUAACCAGUCUCUUCAGGUCCAGAAAUACACUCCGAGUAGUGACGAGCCCCUACCUCCAGGACUCCAGGAGUGGGCCAUCUACUCCCCGUCCAAGCGUCCCACCAGGCACAGCGACAGCUUUGCCCCCAUAUACUCCAGCGCGGGAUCUACAGGUACCGUCCCCCGAAGUUUAGCGCCGUGUCCCGCUGUUACGGCUGUCAUGAGAAACCCAAUUUAUACAGCUUGGAGUCACCGGGUUCACACAAACAACUGCCCAUCUGUCGCCAGCCAGAUCUGCCAUCAGCAUUUGCACCCCAGUCCUCAGCACCAAGGACGCCUGAGUCUGGAUCUGAGUCACAAACACUCCAGCGACUACCCGGAAACCACCCGGACAAGAGCGUCUCACGGAUCAAACUCCCUACCGUCCAGCGCAAGACUCGGCUCUUCAACGAAUUUGCAGUUUAGAGCGGAACGCAUCAAAAUCCCCUUAACGCCAAGAUACCCGCGGUCCGUCAUGGGCUCUGACCGAGGUUCACUGUCACAUUCCGAGUGUAGCAGCCCCAAUCUCAUCACUCCUCCGCAGUCACCUCUGAACCUAGAAACCUCGUCCUUUGCCAGCAGCCAGUCUCAGAACUCUCUUUCCACGUUACCACGAAUCUCCAUCAGUCCGGUGUCCAUCGGAGAGCGGAGGAAAGAUAGAUAUCUGUUCCAUAAUAGGUCUUUUCUGAGAAUUCCUGGGGCUCCUAGGCCUAGGUUCUCCUCACUAAGGAGUUUGAGGCCCUACAUGGAAGAGCCACGUCAUGUGAAAGUGCAGAAGGGCUCUGAGCCACUGGGGAUUUCCAUCGUGAGUGGGGAAAAUGGAGGAAUCUUUGUUUCCAAAGUAACCGGCGGAAGCAUUGCUCAUCAAGCAGGCCUCGAGUAUGGUGAUCAGUUGCUCGAGUUUAACGGCAUAAACCUGAGGAACGCGACUGAGCAGCAAGCACGCUUAAUCAUCGGGCAGCAGUGUGACACCAUCACUAUCCUGGCUCAGUAUAACCCGCACAUGUACCAGCUGGGCAACCACUCCAGAUCCAGUUCCCGCCUGGAGCCUGGAAGCAACCAUCCCACUCCCCAGGGCAGUGGGGCCGCCACCCCGGACAGCCACUCCGUCAUUGACACAGUGAGCGAGCAGGACGAGGGGACAAUGACCCCGCCAUCCAAGCAGACCACCCCCACUACCAGCCCCAGGAAUUCCAUCAGGGUUCCCGCGGAUGCCAACAGAAGGACUGCCGAACCACGAAUGGUCGUCAUCAAAAAAUCCCAGGUGGAACUUGGGAUCCAGAUCUGUGGGGGGAACCUGUACGGGGUGUAUGUGGCUGACCUCGAAGAUGACAGUCCUGCCAAGGGACCCGAUGGACUCGUGCCUGGAGACCUCAUUCUCGAGUACGGCUCCAUCGAUAUGAGGAACAAGACUGCCGAAGAGGCCUACCUUGAGAUGCUGAAGCCCGGAGACGACAUCCGAGUGAAGACUCAAUAUCGACUAGAGGAGUUCAACAAGAUUAAGGAUUUACCAGGCGAUGGCUUCUACAUCAGGGCACUGUACGACCGGGUAGCAGAGAUGGACCAAGAGCUGAGCUUUAAGAAGGAUGACAUCCUGUACGUUGAUGACACGCUCCCCCAGGGCAGCUUCGGCUGCUGGAUGGCCUGGCAGCUGGAUGAGAACGCACAGAAGCUGGAAAGAGGACAGAUUCCCAGUAAAUACAUGAUGGACCAAGAGUUCUCCAGACGACACAGCAUGUCUGAGGUGAAAGAUGACAGUAGCUCCACUAAGACGCUCUCAGCAGCUGCCCGCAGGUCCUUCUUUAGAAGAAAGCACAAGCACAAGCGCAGUGGAUCCAAAGAUGGGAAGGAUUUACUAGCCCUUGAUACUAUCAGCACGGACUCUAUCCCCUUCUUGGAUGAUUCCGUCAGUUUGGCUUACCAGCGGGUGCAGAAAGUUGACUGUACCUCUCCAAGGCCAGUGCUCAUUUUGGGACCAUUACUUGAUGCUGUGAAGGACAUGUUGGUGAAGGAGUCUCCUGGAAAGUUUUGUAGGUGUCCUCUUGAGGUGAUGAAGGCCUCCCAACAGGCCAUUGAGCGGGGAGUCAAAGAUUGCUUGUUCAUCGACUACAAGAGGAGGAGCGGCCAUUUUGAUGUCACCACCGUAGCUUCGAUUAGAGAGAUCACAGAAAAGGAUUGUCACUGUCUCCUGGACAUUGCUCCCCACGCCAUCGAGCGGCUGCACAGCAUCCACAUCUACCCCAUCGUCAUCUUCAUCCGCUACAAGAACGCUAAACAGAUCAAAGAGCAGAAAGAUCCCUUCUUCCUGAGGGACAAAGUUACGCAGAGACAUUCCAAAGAACAAUUUGAGACGGCUCAAAAGAUAGAACAGGAGUACAGCAAAUACUUCACAGGAAUUGUCCAGGGUGGAGCUCUUUCAACCAUUUGCACUCAGAUCAUGACAACUGUCCAUCAAGAACAAAACAAAGUCCUGUGGAUUCCAGCCUGCCCGCUAUAGAUGGACAUUUUGCUGUGAAGUGGUGGAAAUUAGUCCGCCGGUGUAAAUAACACACGAUUAAACAUUUCUUUUUUAUAAAUACAUAUGAGAUAUAUAUUCAGGCAGUCCUUCGUGUUGGGGAAUGGUGCACUGAACCAGGGGGACCGAGAGCACCCGUUUCUGUUCCCAGGGGUUGGGAGCUGGAUGGGAGCGAGGCUUUGGCCAGGGUAAUUCGUUCCUCUUAAAUCUGCUUUGUGGUUUUUCUUUGUUUUCCUGGGUUGUUGUUUUUUGUUUUUUAUAAAUCCUACAGAUGAGACUUGGAUAGAAUGGUGUUCAACAUAGAUGGACCUUUGGGCAACAGAUCGUGAUGUUGCAGGGAGAAUCUUUUAGAAUCACACGUUUACAAACCUUUCCCAAGUAUUUGGUUGUUCAUGUUUACUUGAAUGUCUGUGUGUGUGGUCGCCCAUCGCCCCUUUCACCUGCCCCUGCACUGUCUCCUCCCUCAUCCCCAAAUUCCCUCCCUUCCGCCCGUUCUUUCUUUUGUCACUCGUUCUCAGUGAAGCAGCGCUCUCCAGCCAAGAGUGGGAUGCACCCUCGCAAGGCCCGCCGAGGGGUGGACCGUGGGACUUGCCCCGGCGAUGCUUCUGUCAGCUUGGAAAGAGUCCCACGGGUGAGAUCCCAGGUGGACUCUGGGGUCCAGGCCCACCUCUACAGGCCGGCCAUUCUCGGACUUUCCAAACUGUCAAAAUUCCGUUUUUCCCCUUGCACGGAUCCGUAUUCAUUCAGUUGUAUUUAUUGAGCGCUUACCGAUAGAUAAGCGUCUUCUCCUGCCUGGAUUGUCAGCGCUUCUUGUUCGUGAUGGGGGUGAAAUGGUUCAUUCGUCCGUUUCUUGGGCCCGGUGUGGUGAGCAGGGCAGCGGCGGCGAGAAGCUCGGUUCCCACACCUGCUCUCGUGUCCUUUUUCGGAUUCUGUAAAUAUCGACAACUUAUGUUGGUGCAAUUUUGCAGGGUAAUUCUUAAGCUUGUAAUUCAAUGUGUAGCAUUCACGUAGGGUUUUGUUUUGUUGUUUAAUUUAAUAUGAGAACAUUCUCAGCUGAGGGUUUUCCCAGAAAGCCUUUUAGGGAGAUACCGUGAAUGGUAAAGUCACUUUCAAGAACAAUAAAUAGAUAAGAGCAAGAUAAGAGCGUAUUCCUUUUUAGGAUUGAUUGCAACACUUAUUCACACUCUUUUUUACCAAAUGCCAUAUCUAUUGUUUGUCAGGUGGUUUUUUUUUUUUUUUUGCACUUCCGAAGCUGGGGUGACCCCUGGCACAGGUUUGUUGUAUUGGACUCUGCCUUAACUGCGUCCUGUUGGUAGGUACUGUACUUUGUUUAUUGAAGUAUCAAUUUGAAUAGGACUAUAUCUUAAUCACUGUUCCUAACAUUUCAUUUUUUUUAACAGUAAUUUUUUUUUUUUUAGUCUUAGAAUCCAGAUUGUAGUUUUGCUUUUGUUUGCUUUUUUUUUUUAUUAAAAAAAGGGAUUUUCUUGCACAGUUCUUUAAGACAGCAAAUAUGUUGUACCUAAGUUGUGUCCUUUGUUUUAGAGGUACAAUUUUUUUUUUAGUUCAAACUACUAAAAGGAAACUGUAGAAUACGUACUGAUGAAUUACCUAGCCUAUGUAGUUUUCUUACUGAGGGACAACAGGCUUUUAAAAAAAGUUGAAGUUAGUGUUUUGAACGAUGGUACAUUUGAAAGAGACAGGUACUGUUCUGACUGUGAUUUUUCUGUACUACAAGUAAAAAUGUCACUUUGUAUCAAAAGAGUUAAAGAAACUGAUUAGUACGACAAAUAAAGGUCAAUUUCUGAAACUGAA